AAGAAAUGAAAAGACGUCUUUUGGAUCUUGAAUCGCCUGUUUUUGCCAGGCUGUUUUCAAUUAGAUACGUGCUCUAGAUUUUCCAUGGGGUACUUCAAAGAUCGUUAUCAAUGAAACAGAGAUGAGCUCGGGAGGUAAUUCUUCGACUCGCCUACGAAAUGGCCACUACACCUUGAAGAGUAGUGCCCUUGCACCUACAGCCAUGUCAUACAUGGGGCAGGAUUUCAUUGCAAACCACAUGAAAUCUCAUUACAGGCGAAUCCUGUCUGCUAAAGCGGCUGUUGAUACAUCUCCUCCAAAAUCUAUGAAAGCGCAUAUGAAAGCUCGUGACCAAAAAAAGCGGGCUGCUUUGGAAAGUAGAUCUGGAACUCCAUCAUCUCUUAGAGCAAAGACCCCUUCUUUGGAAUUCUUAUCUUCAUCACACAAGGAGUCAUACCCCUUAAAUUCAACAAGAAACAGGCAGUCUCCAGGUCAUAGGCAAACCACAGGGACUCCACUUCAAAGAAGUUUGUCUUUGCACUCCCUUGGUCAAGAUUGUACUCCUGCAGUGUCUUCUUCUUCUCCAAGAGAUACAGCAUUAGAACGUCAAAUGUCUACACCAGUGCUUGAUAAAAUACAAUCCAAGCCACCGGUGUCACCCAUACAAAGACAUAGAAGACAAAAAACUGAACUGAAAGGCCAUUUUCAUACAGAGAAUCAGAGAACUAAUUUUCAACAUGUUGACCAAUCUGAUCAAAGUUUAUCAAACAAUUUGGAUGGAAAUUUUGACACACUGCUGAGUAGUAAUGAAAAUCAGUCAUAUGAUUUCAAGAAUCCAGGGAUGAUGUUGAAUAGAACUGGAGAGAAGAACCUAGCAAGAACUCUUGAUAAAAAUAGAACGUUUCUUGAUGGCUUUAAACGCAGUGACAGAACAACCAGACAUAAGGAUGUUCCACGCCUUGACCUCUCAAAUGUACAAUAUAGUUACAGAGGUCCUCCAUCAAUUAGAACAGUUCCAGAGUCCCCUGAUUUCAAGGCAAACAUGUGGGAAGAGGAACAACAGUAUCUCAAAUUCAUUUCUGAUGUUACCACUGACAUCCUAGCCAGAGGCAUUUUUAGCAAUAGGGUUCUAAAGCAAGUUUUUGAAAUGCACAUUGAAAGAAGGAAGGAUAAAUUGGAUGAAAGUCGUCUGCAGGAAAUGAUAGAGCAGCUUAAGGAAGAUUUGGGAAUUACAGACAGCUAACAUGAAACCUUUCAAUUUUGAGAUCUGAUUAAUUGUCCUUUCUAGCUGCGAUACUUUUUCUUGUAAAUCAAUAAAAAAAUUUGUUGAUAUAUCAGGGAAAUAUAUUCCAGCUAGUGAGUUAAGGUUUUUUCUCACCAACUGUUCACAAGAUGGUGUAUUGAUAAUCAAAAGGAGAAUUUUCAUGUCAAUCACCACAGUCUGCAUUUUAAGGGAUGACAGAAGUUAAUUUUAAUCCUCACAUGUUUGAGGGAAAAAUCACCUUCAGAUAAUUUUGAAAAUUUAAUAUAUUGCAGUAAUAAAUUUAAAAAGACAAAAAACUUGAACAAUUUUUCGUUGGAUGGAAAUAUAAUCAACCUGAUGCAAAUCAACGAAGUCAACAGUUUAUUAAAUAAUUGACAAUUCAUUGUUACAAAUUUUAUUGAAUUUCCCAAGAGUGCAAGGAAGUAGAAAUACAAU